AUGCACUCACCUCGUCCUUACUCCCCUGCUUUUCCCUCCUUCCCCACCCUUCCAGUCGGCCCCCCAGGGGAGCAACGGGGCAGGUGGCGUCGACAUACGAGAUGGUGGGUGUCCCAUGUGGCUUGCUGCCUGUGUCCUCACAACUCCCCCUUGUCUGCUGCUUUCUCUCUUCCCACUCCUCCCAGCCGCCCCCCUCGCGGGGCCACGGGGCAGGUGGUGGCGACGUAUGAGACGGUGGGGGUGCGCUUUGACUCGCCCGUGCCGGGAGGCCACUCCCUCAGCGGCCUCUGUGACGGGGGGCACGGCCACAUCUGCUAUGCAUCUGAGCUGCUAUUGGAGGAAUCAUCCAGCAGUGUGAAGGAGUGUGCAGCCACCGUGGCUCUCAUGCAGUGGCAGGAGAGUAGCAAGGGACUUGGCAAGUGA